AUGGACCAAGCUGAGCUGAAGAGGGUUUUUCAGAUGUUUGAUAGGAAUGGAGAUGGGAGGAUCACAAAGAAGGAGAUGAAUGAUUCUUUAGAGAAUCUUGGUAUCUUUAUCCCUGAUAAAGAGUUGACUCAAAUGAUUGAAAAGAUUGAUGUCAAUGGCGAUGGUUGUGUGGAUAUUGAUGAGUUUGGUGAAUUGUAUCAAUCACUCAUGGAUGAGAAAGACGAGGAGGAAGACAUGCGGGAGGCUUUUAACGUUUUUGAUCAAAAUGGUGAUGGUUUUAUCACUGUUGAUGAGUUGAGGUCUGUUUUGGCCUCACUUGGGCUUAAACAAGGGAGGACUUUAGAGGAUUGUAAGAGGAUGAUCAUGAAGGUGGAUGUUGACGGCGAUGGAAUGGUGGAUUAUAAAGAGUUUAAGAAGAUGAUGAAGGGUGGUGGUUUUAGUGCUUUGGGUUAA